UCCUUAAACCAUAUUGCCAGAAUCAGCACGUUAAUAGAAUCGGAGUAGCCAUCUUAAUACCACGACGACAAGACCAACGCUUAACUUACAUUUAUGAGCAUGUAUGGCCUCUUUACAACCCGAGGCUUUUGCCUUUCUAUGAAUAGAAGUGUUUUUGUACCAUAUCUAGGUCAACGCUACGCUACCUCGCAUGGGAGCUCUUUCGGUAGAAAUGGAGGCUUAAAUCAGCGCUGGAAGCCAUGGUUCCAAGGAAAACCGCGAAGCCUGAGCUCGAUUGGACCUUGCCAAACUUCUCAGCACCCAUCACGGGAAUAUCGCCGAAUAGCUCUCGAACUUAGGCGCCGAGGCGAUUUCCGCAACGUCGACGACCUCUCUGACUUUGAAUUCAACGAAUUAUACCUCGACGCCAUGCCACUGGGGCCCCGCGAACUGAUGGACCGUACAGCGCCUAAGACGUCCACACCACAGUCUCUCAUCGACCAUCAGAGUAGCCCCAGCUUCCUCCAGCCACACAUAUAUAACCCCCAAUCUUCAUCCUGGACAUCUUUUGGCAAUGAAAAUAGAACUUCACUUAAGCGGGGAGAUAUCCUUAAAAUUGCAUCCUGGAACCUGCUUUUCUCUGUUCCCGCUGCCGCCGCUCGUGCCUCCGCCGCUCUCGCCUAUUUGCAGACCAUGUUUGGCCAAGAACCUCACAACCUCGUGGUAAUGCUCCAAGAACUCCGCCGAGAAUCACUAGAAGCUAUCCUAGAGGACAAGUGGGCUCGACAAAACUUCUCCCUCUCUGAUACGGAGCCACCAGGCUUCCAUUAUGCAGACGACGAAUCCUUUGACCGGAAACCCAGCCGCAUACCCAGCGGAUAUUUCACUCUCAUGAUGGUUUCGCGGAAUUUGCCGAUAUCGAACUGCUUCCGUGUCCCCUUUGUCUCUGAAAUGGGGAGAGAUGCCCUUGUGGUUGACAUUCCCGUAUCCGAGGACCACGACCCCGAAACACCAAAACGGUCACUUCGCCUGUGCACAACGCACCUUGAAUCGCUCUACACGGGAAGAGAGCUCCGUUUUCUCCAACUCGUCCAAGUAUCAGCGCUCCUGAAAGGCAACUCGUCGUCUCAGGGGCAGAGAAUCUACGGCGGGCUGGUUGGCGGCGACAUGAAUUCGACCGACGUGUCCGAGCACAAUGCUCACCGAGCACCCGAGGUCGGCCUGAAGGACGUCUGGGAGGAUGAGCCGGCGCCGACACCGCCGGGCAGAAAGCCCUUCCAAAAAGAUCUCACAUAUGGUAAAGCCAGGGGAAAUACGUGGGGCUACCAAUGCAACGGAGCUAAAUCGAGAAGACGGCUGGACAAGUUUCUCUACACAGGGUCCAUCGAGACGUUUGCGCUGAGCGAAGCUCAGGACACCACUGGGAAAUUGGGUCGCUUUGGAAUCGGGCUGAAAACCAAAGUCGGGUCGAAUGAUGUUUGGGUCAGCGACCACUUUGGGAUCGCUGUAGGUAUUAAGAUUGUCUGAGGGCUUGAAUCCUGAUAGAUAGGUUCGCUCGCACUUCCUCCGGAGUGAUCUUUCCAAAGUACGGCUUGUACACGAUAUCAUGGUAGAAUAAAUAUGCCCACCCUUAUAUAUUAAAAGGGGUUGUAGGUAAUGAGAUACAUAACUACUGACAGAACUAUAUUGCGGUUCUUAUGUUAAGAGGUAGAUAAUAAUUAUACUAAUAAUUAAUUCUAA